UGCGGUUGAUUAGUUGAUACCCGUCCGUCGUCGAGGGUAGAUCGUUCGAAAGUACGUCUUACGUGUGCGUGCUAUCGUGCUAUUCGUAUCGUACACGUUAAACGAUAUCGUCGUACAUAUUUUCUAUUUUAAUCGUACGUGUGUACUGUACAUCACUUUUUCUUUCGGUGUAUAUUUAUUGUGAAAUAGAAAUAUCAAGUGAGUGGCUACUACAGAAAAAGAACUCGAAGAAAAAGUGACAGUGCUUAGUGUGUGUUCUCGUUUCGACUCUAUUUUUUUUAUCUUGUGCCUUUUCCCAGUUUCGUUGUUUCUUUUUUCGUUACUGACCAGUGAAUAAUAGUGCAUACUGGCUAUGACCUGGGAUACCACCGGAUAUACCUGAGGAUAACGGAGACAUAUCCAUUACUCCUGACAGGACUUCGUCGUGACGGGAGGAAGCAACAUAACCUCUUCGAGGGCCUCUGACGAUAAGAUGUACCCUAGUGCCAGUAUAAACGCUGCGGCAGCUGUGGCUGUGGCAGCUGCGGCACGGCACCCGGGUCCGCCGCAACCCGGCCAACAAAUUAAAUUCACAGUCGGAGAAUCCUGCGAUAGGAUCAAAGAGGAAUUUAACUUUUUGCAGAAUCAAUGCCAUGCCUUGAAGCUCGAGUGCGAGAAAUUGGCCACGGAGAAGAUCGAGAUUCAGCGACAUUACGUGAUGUACUACGAGAUGUCGUACGGGCUAAACGUGGAGAUGCACAAACAGGCCGAAAUAUCGAAGAGACUGAACGCGAUCAUCGGACAGAUCCUGCCCUUUCUGUCUCAGGAGCAUCAGCAGCAAGUGGCGACCGCUGUUGAUAGGGCGAAACAGGUCACGAUGACGGAGCUGAACUCCAUAAUUGGGCAACAGAGACCGGAUAUAUCAAGAUUGUUGCAACAAAUGCAUGCUCAACAACUGCCACCGGGGACGGCGCUAGGCGCUCAUCCGGGGCUACCCGGACUUCCGGGACUAGGACCAGCUGCUGGACUUCCGGUGCCAACUUCCGCCUCCGCCGCGCUUCUUAGCCUUGGCUUGACGCCGGGGGCCGCCACUGCACCCGGCACAACAGCGGCUCAUCCGCUAUCGAUGUUGAGUAAACCGGAAUUGCAUCGUCAGCCCGACGAUUUAAAGAGCAACGGUGGUCUCAGCUCGACCGAGGAGAGACACAGGAGCUCGAUAUCGCCCGGUGAUAAAUAUAGUCGUCCGCGUACACCGCAGGAGACGCAUCAUUCCCAUCAUUCUCAGAAUCACCAUGACCAUCCCAUGCACAUCAAGAAGAUGAAGAAAGAGCAGGACAAGGACAUCGGUCAUAGUGACGGGGAGAAGAGUGACCAGGAUCUCGUGGUGGACGACGCGAGCGAGGGGCCAACGAGUCCCGUGGUAAACGGCACGACGUCGCCCCGAGAGAACGGUUUGGACAAGGUGGCGCCGAUAGGCGCCGGGGUGCAGACGAAGAAGGACGUGCCGCCCCAUUCGCCGAGAAGCGGGACGAGCAGCGGUUUGAAGCCAUCCGGCUCGGCCAAGCUACUCCAGGGACCACCGCCCCCCGGCGUGCCCAGCGCUUAUCCACCGCACUACGCCCCGGGUCCACCCCCUCACCAUCUGGCACCAGCUGGCCAGCAUCCUCACGUCGACAUGAUGGGUUAUAACGGCUAUGUGGCGCCCAGAGCACCACCUUCCCUCCAACAGCUCUACGAUCCCCACGUGGCCAUGAGGGCCCCUAUGGGAUCNNUCGGAGUGCCCGGAGGCAAACCCGCGUACAGUUUCCACGUGUCGAGCGAGGGCCAGAUGCAGCCGGUGCCCUUCCCACCGGAUGCGCUCAGCGGACAAGGGAUACCGCGUCAUGCGCGGCAAAUUAAUACCCUCAGCCAUGGGGAGGUCGUGUGCGCUGUCACGAUCUCGAAUCCGACCAAAUAUGUGUAUACCGGCGGCAAGGGAUGCGUCAAGGUUUGGGAUAUAGGGCAAGGUGGCACGGGUAGCACCAAGUCUGUGUCCCAGCUCGACUGCCUCCAACCUGACAAUUACAUCAGGUCGGUGAAACUGUUACCGGAUGGGAGAACGCUGAUAGUCGGAGGCGAGGCUAGCCGACUUAGUAUCUGGGAUCUGGCCAGUCCAACGCCAAGGAUCAAGGCCGAAUUAAUCUCGGCCGCCCCCGCCUGUUACGCCCUGGCAAUCUCCCCGGACUCUAAGGUUUGCUUCAGCUGCUGCAGCGACGGCAGCAUCGCCGUCUGGGAUCUUCAGAAUCAGUCCCUGGUGAGACAGUUCCAAGGUCACACGGACGGCGCCUCGUGCAUCGACAUCUCGGCGGACGGCUCGAAAUUGUGGACCGGCGGAUUGGACAACACGGUCCGCUCGUGGGAUCUGAGGGAAGGAAGGCAGCUGAAACAGCACGACUUCACAUCCCAGAUAUUCUCGCUCGGCUACUGUCCCACGGGGGAAUGGCUGGCCGUGGGCAUGGAGAACUCGAACGUCGAGGUGUUGCACGCCUCGAAUCCGGACAAGUACCAGCUACACCUGCACGAGUCUUGCGUAUUAUCGUUGAGAUUCGCCUCCUGCGGCAAGUGGUUCGUCUCAACUGGCAAGGAUAAUUUGCUGAACGCGUGGCGCACGCCUUACGGGGCCUCGAUAUUCCAGUCCAAGGAAUCGUCAUCCGUGCUCAGCUGCGAUAUAUCAGCCGACGACAGGUACAUCGUUACCGGUUCAGGUGACAAGAAAGCGACCGUCUACGAGGUCAUGUAUUGAACGACGAAACCGCAACGAAACCGAAACGUACCAACAACCGAACGUAUUCAUCAGACCCGAGCAACUCUCCACAGCGUGGGUGUACAUAAUUCUUAUACGAUAUUAACACGAGAGACGUUUGUUGCCCUUGUUCUUGUUAUUGUUGUUAUUGUUACUCUCGGUGAAGAAGAAAGAGAACGAGCCGAACGAACCGGAGUAAAAGAGAGAAAAGAAAAGAAAAGGUAAAAAAAAAAAAAAAAAGGAAUUCUUUCGAUCAAGAAUCAGAGAUCGAAUCGCGCAGCAACGCUCGAGAGAUUUUUUUGUAAAACAUCUACGUCGAGUUUUUAAGAUUUUUCGGAUAGAAAGAGAUUUAAAAAUAUUAUUAUUCAUGACAUAGACGGCGAAUAGAUUGAUAAAUUUCAUUUUUAAUGUCCGGAUCGUUCUUCUUAUUUCGAUCGAUAAUCGCUCGUUAAUGAACGUUUUUCAUCGAAAUCGGACAGUUCGUUCCGCUCGUUGCGCGUACGACCGCCAUUUUGGGCGGCUGAAUCGCGCUUAAAUUUGAAUAACGCUGACAUUAACGCGUUUUUUCCUGUAUAUUUUGUAUAUACAUAUACAUAAUAUUAUAUAUAUAUAUAUAUACAUACGUCAGUCUUUAAGUAUACCAUGAUAUUUUUCUACGUCCCCUAAAAGUGAGACGGAAAGCGAGUAAUGAAAAAAAAAAAAAGUACACACGUACACACUCAACAUUCAUACACAUACACAUACACGUAUGGAGAACUAAAAAUUUGUAAAUAUUGUCUGGCUUAGAGAAUAUAACAGAAUCGUGAUGAGAGAAACGAUUAAAUAAAAAGUGAUACUCGAUAACGAA